UUAGUGUCCGCAGGAGUCCCAACCGGUCAGGUAGAGCUUCUAACGCGCUGAUGCUUUGACGUUGCGCGGAAAAGUUACCCCGCGAGGUAGCUCGAUCGGUCGGAGCGAUUCCGAGAAUAAUUAGUCUACGUUACGAGGCGCUUAUUUGUUGCGCCGUGCUCGUGGGGGUGCUAAAACAAGUUGUAUUACAUUCAUUAUUCCGUUUAGUUUAGUGUGUGGGGAGAUUCUGAUCGAGAACGGUCGCGUUGUGAAAAUGGCUCCUUCGGGAAGUGAUCCGUGUGAGGUGGCGAUUCCGUUGCUUGAUUUAACUACGGUUUUGAGCUUUAAGAGUCUAAACUAUGUGGUUCAUCAGAGUUCCGGGAGUAAGACACUUUUGAAUAACGUGUCUGGAUCGUUUCAAUCGGGACGUUUAACGGCGAUCAUUGGACCAUCCGGUGCUGGGAAGUCUAGCUUGCUGAACGUGCUCAGUGGAUUCAAGACCAAAGGUGUGAAAGGGGAUAUUUUGGUCAAUAAUGAAGUGAUUGAUCGUCAGCACUACCGUAAAAUGGUGUCUUACAAUGUGCAGAACGUUAGUUUGUUGCCAAACAUAACGGUUGAAGAAACGCUGCGGUAUACGGCUGAUCUUAAGAUGUCCUCAAAGGUUCCGGAUAUGAAGAAGAGCGCAACGAUCAACGGGAUAAUAGCGCUUUUGGGGCUGGAGAAGUGUACGAAGACUCAGGCCAGACUGUUGUCUGGUGGUGAGAGGAAGCGACUCUCGAUCGGUCUGGAUCUGGUAUCGGAUCCGAGGAUCUUGUUCUUCGAUGAACCUACUAGUGGGUUGGACAGCGUGUCUUCGUACCAGGUGAUCUCGUACAUGAAGGAUCUCGCAAAGCAAGGUCGAUGCGUGAUCAGUGUGAUUCAUCAACCAAGUUCGGAGCUGCUGGAGUUAUUUGACGAUGUCUACCUGGUAACAUCUGGUCAAUGCCUUUACCGAGGAUCGCUGGCAGAUCUGAUACCCUCGUUGUCCGACGCGGGAUACGUGUGUCCGCAGUACUACAAUCCAGUUGAUUUUGCAAUUAAAAUCGCAUCAAACUUUAACACCACAACCGAAGAGAUUGACCGGCUUAUGCAACGAUUGCAGCUCGUUUCUAGUGCUGAGAAAAAUGACAUCCAGCCUCCAAACCAGUCGAGCACGAAGCGUCACGAUCAGUACGUGAGUCGUUCCCAGUAUCCGAUAUCUCGAUGGCGUCAAUUCUCCAUCCUAACGCGAAGAACCACCCUAGGAACCAUCCGAAGCAUCACACUGACCGUACUCCGCAUCACCGGACACCUGGGCAUGGGACUUCUGAUCGGUGCCAUCUACUACAACAUUGGCAACGAUGGCGCUAAAAUCCUGUCCAACCUCGGCUUCAUCCUGCUCAGCAUCCUGUUUAUAGCAUUCGUCAACGGAAUGUCCUCCGUACUCACCUUCCCCCUCGAGAUGUCCGUCUUCAUCCGCGAGUACAAAAGCAACAGCUACUCGAUCGUGGCCUACUUGCUCUCGAAGGUGGUCGCCGACUUCCCGAUGCUGCUCACAAGCAUAACCCUGUUCCACGUCGCCGCCUACUACCUCACCGGACAGAUCAACGAACCGCUGCGCGAGCUUACCUUCUGGGCCAUGUGCGUCCUGUCGGGUUGGUUCGCCCAGGUUUACGGCCUGCUCGGUGGGAGCAUCUUCCCGAUCGAGGUCAGCCCGCUGGUGCUGCCCAUCCUGAUGCUGCCGGGGAUCAUCUUCUGCGGGUUCUUCAUCCGGUACGACGAGCUGUCGCUGGCGUUUCGGUGGUUCACCUGGGUUUCGCCGUUUCGGUUUACCUUUGAGGCGGCCACGCUCGGGAUGUACGGCUUUGGGCGGGAGAAGCUGGAGUGUAGUGAGAUUUUUUGCUACCUCCAGAAGCCGGCGAAGAUUUUGGACAUGCUGGACAUGGUUGACGGGAACUUUUGGUUUGACAUUUUUGGGAUUUCGGUGUUCAUUUUUCUGCAGCAUGUGCUGCUGUAUUUAAGCUUGAGGAGAAGGUUACGAUAGGUAAGAAGUUGGUGCGUUUGUAUUUUAUAAAUUUCAACAAUUGGCCAAAUAACUAGAUAAAUUAUUUAAUA